CAAAGCAUAGAGCGGGAAACAUUUAUUGUCUUCGCCAUUCCCGUUUUUCCUCUCUAAACCCUGACUUGGUUCGUCGCUUUCCGACAGCACCCCCAUCCUCAUUAUGUGCUGCUUUCCGGCAGCGUCGCAAAACCCCCGAGCUUGAGCCAAGUUCAGAAUUGUCACUUUACGGUGGCAGCGCAAAAAAGCCCCUUGCAACGGUACGGUGAUAGGCUGUGUGACUUUACGGCCGAGUCGCAAUUCCACUUUCCUAUCCGCUUGUCCCUGUCGCUUUGCGACGCCGGGCCGGUCGUCGCUUUGCGGCCGUGCGGAAUCCGGAGGGAGCGGCCCUUCCUGGAGCGCUGACAGGCGGCUGCCCGCUCGGAGAGAGAAGCGAGGCGAGGGCGGCCCUCCAUGGGGACCGUGGGCAGCCACAGCGAGGGCGAGGAGGAGGAAGAGGAGGAGGAAGGGCGCGGUGCCGCCGCUCCCUCCUCCCGCCCCAGCGCCGCGCCCGUCAGUGAGGCCGCCAUGGACCCGGCCUCGAGCCCCGCCGCUCAGCCUCCCCCCGCCGCCGCCGCUCCGCCGCCCUCCUCUUCCUUCCCGCCGGCCGCCGUCUUGCUGGGCCAGGCGCGGCUGCGGGAGGAGGCGGCCGCGCGGCUGCGGGAGGCGCCGUCGGCCGAGCCGCUGCUGUCCCGCCACCACGGCGCCCUGGUGCGCUGGCUGGAGGAGCGCCUGGGCCGCGGCGAGCAGGUCGUCAGCCUCGAGCAGCUGUGCGAAGCCCUCGAGAGCCGCGCCGGGCCCACCCAGGGCGCAGCCCCCGCCGCCGCCGGAGGAACCGGAGCUGCCGGGACCGGGAGCGCCACCGACGAGCGGACGAGGAACGAAGAGGCCUUGGCUCAGUUUGAUACCGAGGGAGAUGGCACGGUGGACGUGGAGAAUAUGCUGGAGAUUCUCAAGACCUCCAGUGGAGCCAAUCUGCAAGGAGAGCUCAGUCACGUCAUCAGGCAGCUGCAGGCUUGUUCACUUGUUCCAGGUUUUAUAGACAUAUUUUCUGAAUCAAAGGAGCGCUGUCGUCUUCAUGCUUCCAUGAUUCUGAGAUUCCUUCACCGGAACCGUAUUGCCAACUCAGUCAUCCCGUAUCCGAUCUUGGACUACUUCAACAAUAUUUGCAGUAUGCGCUCUUCUGUCCUGAAGGAUUCCUUAGACCGGCUCUUCUUGAAAGAGAAAGAAUGCCCCAAUGACUUAAAUGGAAACCAGGAGUUAGACAAGCUUAAAUCUGUCUCAAAGUGCUACACUCACAUAGAAACCUCUUCCAACUCAGCUGAUAUUGACAAAAUGACCAAUGGGGAAACCUCCUCCUUCUGGCAAUCCGACGGGAGCGCUCGUUCGCACUGGAUACGUUUAAAGAUGAAGCCGGAUGUCAUUCUGAGGCACCUCUCCAUUGCAGUCGCCGCGAACGACCAGAGUUACAUGCCGCAGCAAGUCACAGUAGCAGUUGGAAGGACUGCCAGCAAUCUGCAGGAGGUCCGCGAUGUUCACAUUCCAAGCAAUGUCACCGGAUACGUGACAUUGUUGGAAAACGCUAACAUUUGUCAGAUGUAUGUGCAGAUAAACAUCAAGCGUUGCCUUAGCGAUGGAUGCGAUACCAGAAUUCAUGGGCUCAGAGCUAUCGGCUACCAGAGAGUGAAAAAGGGCGGAGUCUCGGUCUGUGACGCUUCAGCCAUCUGGUACUGGUCGCUCUUGACCUCCUUGGUGACAGCGUCCAUGGAAACAAAUCCAGCCAUUGUCCAGACCAUCUUGCAAAAUACCCAGAAAGCCCUGCAGCAUAUGCCGCCGUUGUCUCUGUCGCCGGGUUCCACUGACGUCUCGAGGUUUUUGUCUCCUAACGUUUUGGAAGAAGUAGACAGUUUUCUCCUGAGAAUUACCAGCUGUUGUGCUUCUCCCGAGAUAGAACUCACGUUGUUGGCGUUCGCUCUCGCCAGAGGGAGCAUCGCCAAAGUGCUGAGCUCGCUUUGCAUGAUUUCGGACCACCUGGAAACACCGUACAGAGCGGCUUCCCUCAUAACUUCCAUGGCCACCGUCCGUCAAAACUUGCUGUAUAAAUACGGAACGCCCCUGCGGCUGACUUUGCAAGCCUGCGAUGUGAAAGGAAAGGAAGACAAAUCAGGACCUGAAAAUCUCCUGGUGGAGCCUUGGACGGGGGAUGGCUUCCUUACGGAGACUGGGAAGACUCGGGCCAGCGUGAUCCUUUCCACAGGGACUGAAUCGGCUUUCCAGGUCACCCAAAUUAGAAUCAAGGUCCGGAGAGGAGCGAUCGGAGCCCGGUGCGGAUUGGUCUUUGCUUAUAACUGCUCUUCAGAAAAAUUCCACGCAGAGGAACAUUUUAAAAGAUUCGAGGCCUACGACAAAUGGAAGCUAGAGGAUUUCCGGCAGUUUUUAAAAACCAGGAGUGGCACUUCUUGUGACGAGCCAGGAGAGGAGGACCCCGUUGGCUGGUUCGAAAUGGAAGAGGAAUGGGACGAAGUAGAAAUCAAAAUGCAGCAGUGCAGAAUUUCCAAAUAUCUGAUGGUGAAGUUCCUGUGCACAAGGCAAGACAAAGCCGAGAGGCUCGGAGUGCAAGGCCUGAGCCUCUUUGGGUACCUUCGGCCGGCGAUGGCAGAGCCCAGCAGAAGCAUGAUUUGUAUGCAGUGCGGCAGAACAGAUGGGGAUACUGUUUGUGGAACGACUCUUCUCCUGAAGAUCCUGUGUUUCAUCCAGCAGCUUGCACAGGAUUUGGUUCAGAAGAAAGAGAGUGGCCUAAGGUACAGAUCAUACCUGGACUUUGGAGGCCUGGAUUUAAAGCUGUUUUGGAAUUUCUACAGCAGACUUCACCAAAACCCACGUGAAGAGUGCAUUGAGGCCCAAACCAUGAUCCUGCAGCUUCUGCAGAGCUGCUUCUCGGUGCUCACUGCAGAUGAUAAAGCCCCGGCGUCUCAGGAAACUGCACAGAGCAAAAAGUCUGACAACACAGAAGCGGCUGAGGCGCUCUACAAGCAUCUCUGUGAAGUCGUAGACAGGAGAGAUGGCGAAUCCACGUCACUAAAGACUCUGAAGCAGGAAGUCAACAACACAUUGCUCAACGGCGCAGCCAUCUUUUUCCCCGAGAGGCAUACGCGACGGGAGCAGCUCUUUGCAAUGAUGAAAAACAUUACAGAGCAGGAACACAAGCCGUCUGCCCAUCUUGCUUUCAAAUCCCUCUGCACACAUUUCAGCAAUCAGGAUCCUGGAGGGCUUUUGCUCUUACCAGAGAAAGGAACUUCUGCAGACUUGGAUGUUAGUCAAGUCCUGAGAGUGAUGGAGACUCUUUUGCUGGUGGCGUCAAGAGAGUGUGAAAUGUUGAUGUUGGGUGUGGCCCAGCAAGACAGCAGCUCCGUGCUCUCGUCCUUAUUCUGGUCUGUACAAGGCAGCCUCCUUUCCUGGUGCUACUUGCAACUGAAGGGCAGUGACUCGACACCAAAGAACCUCGGCAGAGAAGUCCUUACAAAAUAUGUGCAACUGUUCCUGUCAAACAUCAGGAAAAUUUUAGAAUCUCUCCUGGCUCAGCAUAGUGGAAAGAUCAUAGUGGAAAAACUAAGCAACUCUGUCUUUGCCAUGGUUACCCGCCAGCUGAUGACCGUCUUGCAGGACUUCUGCACUUUAGACAUUCCCCACUGCGCCCUUCUUCAGGAUGUCAUCACCUUGACAAAGCCACUGAAUGACCUGUCGUUGGAGCCUGGAGAGAAUCCAGAUAAGGUGGACAUGGAAAGCUGGCAGCAAGAGCAGCCCGUGGUGCUUCGAACGUGGGCUAUGGAGUCGCCCCAUAACUAUGAUAACAACUGCCAUGAUGUCACAGUCUUCCUUUGUCCGGGGGCGACUUACUUCGAAGUGGAAUUUGAUGAACGAUGUGAAACGGAGAGGAGGUAUGACUACCUGGAGUUCACUGAUGCAAGAGGAGCAAAAACCCGCUAUGAUACCAAAGUUGGCACAGACAAGUGGCCCAAGAAAGUGACCUUUAAGGCUGGCCCACGGCUGCAGUUUCUCUUUCACUCUGACAGUAGUAACAAUGAGUGGGGCUACAAGUUCUCCGUCACAGCGUACGGCCUGCCGGACAUCGCGGUCUCCUGGGGCCUGGAUCUGCAGCUUCUAGUAGCCAGGCUUAUGGGGGGCUUGGCUUCUCAGAGCAUGGUGCUGAAAUCUGUUCAGGGUAAAGAGACAGAACGCUCACCUGCAAAAGUGACAGCUGUUCUGAAUUCUCCUCUAUGGAAACCAGUCUUCAGGCAGCAGAUGUGUCCUGAACAGACCCCAGGAACAAGUGUGCCCGGCCAAACAAACCAAGGCAGCACAGAGGGUCUCAACUCUCACGUCAGCGACGGUCAUAAAUUUCUCCUUGACUUCGCAAAAUCAGACCCCACCCAGGAGUUCAGUGGGCCAAAUUCUGAGCUUUUCAAAGGACUCAUACAGGCAUGUAAAAAACAGGCCCCCAAGAGUGAUAUAGUUGCUGGUUCUACUGUUGAUCAAGCUGUCAACUCCACAUUUGCUGCUUUGGUGUAUCUCUCUUCAGAUUUGUUUGGGAAGCUGCAAAGAUAUGUCACCAGCGGAGGCAAAGCGCUUUUGAGCGAUGAGUUUGCACAAGUAUAUUCCCUGGCCGAUGGGAUCAGAAUAUGGAUGCUAGAGAUGAAGCAAAAAUUCCUCGCGGAUCAGGGAAGUGACAGGGAAGAGAAACCGGCUGGGGAUGCGAGCGAGGUGAACCCAGAGACUCUUGCACAACAGUGCAUCCAGAAGAGCCUUUUACUGCUGGGGUUUUUACCUACAAGGACCAAGGCAGAAAGCCAUGAAUCUAAUAGCAUAGAGGACUUUGGGCAGUGUCACAAAGACAAACGCCAAAGGACAAGUUCUGUCAUUGAAGCGGAUUUUCAGGCCGCAGACGUGGCACCUGCCUGCGGACCGACCAAUUCUGCUUCCCCCGAGGGCAGUCGGACAGUAGAUUUGCAAAAGCAAGUUCCAGACUCGCCACAGGCAGAGAAGACUUCAUCCUCACCAAGCAAACUUGACGGCAGUUCCUCAGAACAAGAAGAUGCCCCGUCCCCUCCCUCCACGCCCACACGCAAGCCUCAGUUUAACCGCGGAAGGCUACGGCUUCUCUCUUUCCGUUCGAUGGAGGAGCCCAAAUCCAUGCCCAGCAUCAAGGAGAAAUACCCUAUCCUGAAGCAUGUCUUAGAUUUCAUUAAGGACCAGUCUCUGUGUCACGAAAGUGUGCUGGAGGUCCUUGCUUUAAGGAAAGCUCAAGCCAAACGUAUCUUGGAAGUCCUGAGGACAAUCCACCAGUGCCUAAACUCUCUCGGCCAACCUCACUGUUUCCUCCCGCCCUGCAUCCUUUUUCUGUUGGAAUUCCUGGCUUGCCAAAAAGACUUCACAAACUACUUUGAACACCUGGAAGGCUGUGGUGCUGAGCUACAUCAAGAAAUACGGGAGUCUUACUACCAGCUGCUUCUCUUCUUGGUCAAUGCUGUAAAAGGAUUUAGCAGCCUCAACGACAAAUCACUGCUCCCUGCCUUGUCCUGUAUGCAAGCAUCCCUCCUGCACCUCCUGGAUAUGGGUUGGAAGCCCCGCGACCUCUCCUUCUUUGUUGAAAUACAGCUGCCACAGCUCCUCAUGACCAUGUCACAGGAAAACAUAAGUACUCACGACAGCGUCGUUUGUCAGUGGAGCGAAGAAGACGAAAUUGCAGACUACAGACAGAACUCAGAGUGGAUGGAUGAGUGCCAAGAUGGAAUCUUUGAGGCCUGGUGUGACAAGAUCAGCCAAGCGGAUCCAGAGAAGCAGAGAAAGAUGCAUAUGUUCAUUGCCCGCUACUGUGAUCUCUUGCGGGUGGACAUAUCAUGUGACGGGUGUGAUGAGAUCGCCCCCUGGCACCGUUACCACUGCUUGCAGUGCAACGAUAUGGAUCUUUGUAAGACGUGCUUCUUGGGUGGAGUGAAGCCAGAAGGUCACGAGGACAAUCACGAAAUGGUUAACAUGGAAUAUGCCUGCAAUCACUGCCAAGGGAUCAUUGUGGGCCAGCGCAUGAACUGUAAUGUGUGUGAAGACUUUGACCUCUGCUUCGGGUGUUACUCUGCCAAGAAGUACUCUGAUAGCCACCUUCCCACCCACAGCAUUGUGGUGUAUCCAAUGGUGACCGUUCGACUCAGCGACCGGCACAGGCUUAUCCAGCCGUACCUCCACAACUACUCCUGGCUUCUGUUUGCCGCUUUGACCCUCUACAGUGCCGACUUGGCGAGCAGCGAAGAAGUGGAUGGCGAGGCUCUUGACCACACAGUCAUCUCCCACGCCCGAGUCCUGCAGCAGGAAUGCAUUCAUCUGAUUGGGGAUUGUCUGAUGAAAGCCCAGCAGGGAAAAGGCAUAAAAGCUCUAGAUCUGCUGUGCAUGUUCCCAGAAGGCGAAUCUUUGUCUGAAAAUGUGAUGCCAUCUAACGAUCAUUCCACAGACAGUAGCAUGCAAAGCCACGCUAGCAAAGAAGUCAAGGAUGGCAAGAAGACUGCAAGAGCACCUCUCACCUGUUUCAAUGGGGAUGGAAAUGCUAACGAAAUUCAGGCCUCUGUAGAUCCCAAACGAGAAGGCAAACCGAAAACGAAGAGAGCGCCUUCCAGUGGCCUUCCGCCAAAGAAACAGGAGGGUUUGCCAGACAAGGAAGUGCUUGCGAAGAACCCAGACUUGGCUGCAAAAGAAAGCACAUCUCCAGAGCAACCGGAUGCCCAAGUUCUGCCUCCUCCUAAACCAGCCGAUGAAAAGGUGAUCCUGAGCCAAGAACAGGCCUUCGCUGAAUGUUCCCAGAAGAGGAUUCUUGGCUUGCUGGCAGCCAUGUUGCCUCCCUUGAAAUCCGGGUCUGCCGCAUCCCUAAUUAACCUGGACCGGAUCCUUCCCCUCAUGUUCCAAGUUGUGAUCUCCAACGCUGGCCACUUGAACGAAACCUACCACUUGACCUUGGGGCUCCUGGGGCAGUUGGUUCGGAGGCUGACUCCUGCCGAAGUGGACGCCGCUGUCACCAAGGUCCUUUCUGCCAAGCAUAGCCUUGUAGCUGCCGGAGAUGGCUCCACCGUGCCCGAAGGCUGGAAGGCGACCCAUCUCCUCUUCAGCUUGGGAGCCGUCUGCUUAGACAGCCGCAUAGGCUUAGACUGGGCGUGCACCAUGGCAGACAUCCUUCGAGCACUAAACUCUUCCGCCCAGUGGCAUGGGGUCAUUGCGACUUUCACAGACCACUGCAUCAAACAGCUGCCCUUCCAGUUGAAGCACACCAACAUCUUCACCUUGCUGGUACUCGUUGGGUUUCCAGAGGUUUUGUGCAUGGGCACUCGUUCGGUGUACUUGGAUAAUGCAAAUGAAGCCCACAACGUGAUCAUCCUUAAGCACUUCACAGAGAAGAACAGGGCGGUGGUGGUGGACGUCAAAACCCGGAAGAGGAAAUCAGUGAAAGACUACCAGCUAGUUCAGAAGUGUGACCCAGACGAUGGCGAAUCACAGAGCCAGCUGCGCCGGUACCUCCAGCAUUUCGUAUUCAUAACCAGCCAUCUUCUCCAGACAAGUAUUGAGAGCCGCUUUGCUGAGGCAGUGGAAGCAUCCUGGGUCUUAUCUCUUGCUCUGAAGGGACUUUACAGAACGCUUAAGACUCACGCCUUUGAAGAAAUCCGCACCGCCUUCCUUCAGACAGGCUUACUUAAGCUUCUGGUGAAGAAGUGCAGCAAAGGAACGGGCUUCAGCAAGACCUGGCUUCUCCGAGACUUAGAGAUCUUAUCAAUCAUGCUUUACUCAUCCAAAAAGGAAAUAAGCUCCCUUGCUGAGCAGAAGGACCCAAGGCUGGAGGAGAGGGACGAGGAUCAAGCAGUGGAUCAGUCUGUCGUCACUCCCACCGAUGCAGACCAGAACCGGCUGGACCCUCUGGAGGGUUUGGAUGAAGCCACCAAAAUCUGUUUCUUGAUGACUCACGAUGCUCUUGACGCGCCCCUGCAUAUCCUUCGGGCCAUGUAUGAGCUGCAGAUGAAGAGGACAGAUUCUUUCUUUCUUGAGGUUCAGAAGAGAUUUGAUGGGGAUGUCGUCACCACUGAUGAGAGGAUUCGAACUCUGGCUCAGAAGUGGCAGCCCAGUAAGCGCUUGCGCUCAGAGGAACAGAGCUCCAAAGCUGUAGAUACUGACAUGAUCAUCUUGCCCUGCCUGCCUGCUCCUCUCUUGCAGUCAAAGCCAGCCCCCAGUGACAAAGCCAACGAAGAAUCCAACCCCAUCACUCAAAAGCUCAUCACCAACACGGAAAGCGACUUGCAGCUCAGCUACGCCAAGCAGCGCCGCACCAAAAGUUCCGUCCUGCUGCAGAAAGAGCUGGAUUCCAGGAGCAAGAAAGUCGUGCGAGGCUACCUCCACCGGGUCAACGAGGCGACCGCUGUCCUCUACGCCAGGCACGUCCUUGCCUUGCUGUUGGCCGAGUGGCCCGACGACGUGGCGAUCAGCGAGGAGAUGCUGGAGCUCAGCGGCCCCGCUCACAUGACUUACAUCCUGGACAUGCUGAUGCAGCUGGAGGAGAAACAGCUGUGGGAAAAGAUUCUCCUGAAAGUGCUGCGUGGCUGCCACAGAAGCAUGCUUGCAACGAUGGCGCUCACGGCCUGCCAGUUUAUGGAGGAGCCUGGGAUGGCUGUCCAAAUGCGUGAAUCCAAGCAUCCCUACAACAAUAAUACAAAUUUUGAGGAUAAGGUUCAUAUCCCUGGUGCUAUCUACCUCUCCAUCAAAUUUGACCCCCAGUGCAACACUGAAGAGGGAUGCGACGAACUGCUCAUCUCCAGCAGCAGCGACUUGCAGCAUGACCGGCACAGCUUCAGUGGCCCCCCACAUAAGUGGACCGACUUUGAGCUUCCAGGAGAUACGCUGUACUAUCGAUUUACAUCUGACAUGAGCAACACAGAGUGGGGCUACAAGCUUACAGUGACGGCAGGUCAUCUGGGGAGGUUCCAGGCAGGGUUUGAGAUCUUGAAACAGAUGCUGUCAGAGGAAAGGGUGAUCCCUCAUAUUCCACUGGCCAAAGUUUGGGAGUGGCAGGUGGGCGUGGCCUGCCGACAAACCGGCCACCAGAGAUUGAAAGCCAUCCAUUUGCUCCUGAAGAUAGUGCAGUGCUGCAGCCAAAGGGACUGUGACCUCACGUUACUGAAGCCGCUAUGGCAGCUUUUCACGCAAAUGGAGAACAGCUUGCGAGCAGACCUGACCAAGCUGGGAAUCCUCCUCCCGCUUCACCGGGCACUGACCGAACUUUUCUUCGUUACUGAGAACAGAGUCAGUGAACUUGGAUCUCUGCAAGAAUACUUGCUUGCCUUAAAUACGGAAGACCAUCUUCACCACUGUACAGCACAGGCCCUGAAAAACAUUGCUGCUAUUAGCCUUGCCAUUAACUAUCCCAACAAAUCGACGAGUCUUUGGAAUGUUUAAUGAACGGCCUCGUGGCUUUGGGAUAGGCUAGUUUCUGUCUGCAGGAACCUUGGCACAAGCGCCGGAGCUUGUUUCAGUCUCGGGAGAGCGAACGAGAGACAGAGAGAGGGUCCUUCUGCUUCAGUGUAUGUGCACAACGCAGCCACCCCCCAGUGUAGAUUCUGUCAAAGCAGCAGCGCACCUCCGAGGAAACGGGGCACACUCUCUCCAGAGCAUCUCGUGUGUCACCUACAGCUAUGUAUGCACUUCUAUUGUAGCAUGUCUGUUGGAACAGUAUUUACUUCCUUUAACAUUUCAAAACAAACAGAGCGAAACGGAAGAGUAUAGCUUCUCCCUCCCUAAAGGAGAGGAACCCAGCCCGCCCGCCCGCCCCCCCCCCCUUCUGGUCAUCACCCCCGGCCCUGCUGGAUUGCCUCCUACCGGAAAAACUGGACAGUUGAUUGGAACUGAGCAACUGGAAGCGCCAUUCUUAACCUGAGCGUCCUGCCAUGACACCUGCUUUGCUCAGGGCUCAAGAAAGGACAGAGCAGGAUUUGGGAAGAGGGCAGGGGGUGCACAGCAUGGUUGCGUUACUUCCUGUCCCUUGAGAAAAGUUGGCAUCGUCCCAGCCAGGGAAUCAACUUGCAGCAGCCUUCUCCAGUAAAGUAAAACAACCCAAAUUAAAAAAUAGAUACAUAAAUCUUGGAACUAAAGUGUGUGGGGUGGGGCAAGGAGGGGUAACAGACGACUGUUGUUAGGGGGGGAAGAAGUCAAGGAUGCUUCCCCCCAAGGUUGCAUCAAGGAAAGAGUUGUUGGUUGUUGAGGCCGAUGUCCCAGCUCCAGAACGGCUAGCGACUCCCCUAACUUUCUUCAUGUAGCAAUAACGGUGUGGCUCUUGCUCAGGAAGGAGUCUAUGCAAAGGCCUCUUGUGUUGACGUGAAUCGGCUCCAACCUCUCAUCGGAGGCAGAGGCUGGCAUUUUGCUCUCUUCCCAGAGGCAAACAGCGAGAAGGGCCCAGUGCUCAGCCCCCAAGUUGGAUGUUGCUGUCUUUCUCACACCCCAGGUUGGCAGAGCUUUAAUGCUUUUUGGAAUUUGAAUUCCAGGGAAAAAAUGUGCCCGGGUGGAUCGAGGCUGAAAGGCACCCGCAACGAGUGCAGUCAGAUGGGGAUGGAUUUGCUUGGGAGGAGGGUUUUCUUCAGGAGGGUCAGCUACUUUUAACACCGGGUGCACAGGAAAUGCCUGCUUUGGGGAACAGGAGAGGUUAUCAGAGCCAUCGUUAGGAAAACACAAUUGUAGGAAGAAUAGGUUCCACGGUUAGGCUGUUAGGAGCAUGGCUGCAGUAGCACUUAUAAAUAUCCAGUGUCUUAUAAUAGACACUGACUUGGUAAUGCAGAAUAUGGUGAUUGGAAACAUGGCCUUCUGACGAAGGAGAGAGAGAGAGAAGCAGGUAGUAAGUUUGCAUUAAGGUGCGUCUCAGGUUGUUGUGCAUUUCCCAUCCUGUUGGCCGGGUUUUCGUUCAAAGCGUACGUAAUUGUGGGAGGCGUUCCCCGUUCCCCGAGAGCAGGACAAUCUUGUCUUCCUUAACCUAUCAGGCAGGGUGUGGAGAAGAUUCAGAUGAAGCAAAACCAACUGUUCCUCCUCUGUGCACGUGGUGUCAAGAAGGGCUCAAAGAUGAUCGUUGGAAUUGUGGAGUUGUCUUUGAGAAACACGGAGGGUUCCUCAAGUAAACAAUUGACCGAAGGGUAGCUGGGCUUUUCAAAGAUGUGGCUGCAAUCUCCAUUCCUUCCUUCUGCCUCCCCCCCUUUCCUAAUUCUUCAGGGUCACUGCUUAUACAAAUGCCCCUAAUCCUUUCAUGACCUCAUCUAUUCUGUUUGACUCAUAAUCAUAUGCAUAAUAACCUCUCUCAAAAUAAUCACACAGACUGCUUAUCCUGGACUUGGCAGGUCUGUUAUUUUAAAGCCAGUAAAGAUUAGAACCGCCCUCCCGUCCCCCAGUGUGGAAUUUGGUGGUCCAUAGUAGACAGUGAAGUCUUUUUUUAUCAUCUCUGCCCAUAUGGAGCAUCUUCAGAGCUUUGCCUUUUAGCUAGAAAUUGAAGCGAAAAGGGGCAGGACACACUUUGAAUUAGAUAUUUCUCACAAACUUCUUCUGAAUUCCUUAGCAGAUUCAUUUAAAUGCAAAAAACAACAAUGGAGAUUUGAACUUUAUACACAUUCGGGGGUGGGUAAGAAAUGUGCCUAUAAUGACUGUGUGUGUUGAAGUCUUAUUAUGAUGUAUUAAGAAACCACCGUCAAUCACCCUGAUACAACUUUCAAUAGAAACACUUUUUUUUUUAAAGGUGGUUUUUAAUUUUCUUACGGGUUUUUUUUUUUUUUUGGACUUCACAGACUUUUUGUUGUGUGAGUGUGUGUUUAACAUCAUUAAAAACCAAUCCCUUCAAUUGAUUACCGUUUGGUUUAACGUGUAUUAAAGAAAACAAUAGGCUAUAGAUGCGGUGGAUAUAUGCAGAUGAAGAAUUAUAUUGUAAAAUUCUAUUAAAAAUGAAAAGUACGAGGA